UCUGUCUUAGGAAGAUUUAUUCCUUUGUAAUGGAGAAGUAUGAAAAAAUUGGGAAAAUUGGCGAAGGAUCCUAUGGAGUUGUGUUCAAAUGCAGAAACCGGGACACGGGUCAGAUUGUGGCCAUCAAAAGGUUUCUGGAAUCAGAAGAUGAUCCUGUCAUAAAGAAAAUCGCUCUUCGGGAAAUCCGCAUGCUCAAGCAACUCAAGCACCCCAACCUUGUCAACCUCCUUGAGGUGUUCAGGAGGAAACGGAAACUUCACUUGGUGUUUGAGUAUUGUGACCACACAGUUCUCCAUGAGUUGGACAGAUACCAAAGAGGGGUACCAGAAUAUCUUGUGAAGAGCAUAACAUGGCAGACACUGCAAGCUGUAAACUUUUGCCAUAAACACAACUGCAUACAUAGAGAUGUGAAGCCAGAAAACAUCCUCAUCACAAAACGCUCUGUGAUUAAGCUUUGUGACUUUGGCUUUGCUCGGCUUUUGACUGGACCAAGUGACUACUACACAGAUUAUGUUGCCACCAGGUGGUACCGCUCCCCUGAGUUAUUAGUGGGGGACACACACUAUGGCCCUCCAGUAGAUGUUUGGGCAAUUGGCUGUGUCUUCGCUGAGCUGCUGUCAGGCGUGCCUCUGUGGCCAGGAAAAUCUGAUGUGGACCAGCUCUAUCUCAUUAGGAAAACCUUGGGGGAUCUCAUUCCUAGACACCAGCAAGUAUUUAGCACAAAUCAGUACUUCAGUGGUGUGAAAAUUCCAGACCCUGAAGAUAUGGAGCCUCUUGAAUUAAGAUUUCCAAACAUCUCUUAUCCUGCCCUGGGGCUCUUGAAGGGUUGUCUCCACAUGGACCCUGCUGAGAGACUGACCUGUGAACAAUUGUUGCAGCACCCAUACUUUGACAACAUCAGAGAACUAGGGGGGUUGGCAAAAGGACAUGAAAAACUAACCAGGAAGACCCUGAGACCAAGCCGGAAGCACUUGCCUGGAGUGAAAAUGGUGCAUUGCUUUACAGAAGCAUCCAAGUUGCAGUGCUUACCUCAGCUAACCAGCAGCAGUAUCCUUCCAGCUUUGGAUAAUAAAAAGUACUACUGUAAUUCCAAGAAACUUAACUACCGUUUUCCAAACAUUUAA